UGUCGCGUGAAAUCCUUAACCAGUCCCCUAGUACACUUUCCUGUAACUGCAAGUGCUUCUUGAAGAAGCAAAGACACACACCCUUUUGUUCUGAUUUCUUGUAUUUGUAUAUUUGAUCACUAAGUUCAGAAAGUAGUUUUUGUUGAGCCAAGGGUCUAUCGUAAACAACUAUCUACCCCCACAAAGGUGGGUGGUAAGGCCUGUGUACAUUCUACUCUCCGGACCCCACUUGUGGAAUCAUACUGGGUGAACUUGGAGGCUGUGUGAAUAAGUGAGUCCAAAAGUCCGCGUGACUCCUUCAAGAAAAAGAUGGGAUCAGAGGGUUCUGAAAAGGAUCUCGUAGUGACUCAAAUUAGUGUUGGUGGGUUCAGCAAUGAUGUCAAUGCGAAAAUGCUUUCAGAAUGUCUGGAAGACCAAGUUGGACAAGUGUGGAGGUGUAGAUUAAAGACUUCAUCCACUCCUCCUGACUCUUACCCGACUUAUGACAUUGAUGUAGAGAACGUGCGAAGAAUGAACAAUUACAUAAAAGUGGAACCUCAUGCAUUUGUUCAUUUUGCAUCUUCAGAGUCCGCACAGAAUGCUCUUGCUGCUGCUAGGCGUGAUGAACUCUUCUUAGAAGAGAAGCCUUUGAAGGUUAGUUUGGGUCCUGAGAAUCCCUUUAAUAUGAAUAAGAGGAGAAGAACUAUCAUGCCUUUUAAGUUUUCAGACGUUGGUGUAGAAAUUGGAGUACUGGUUAGUAAUGAUGACUUUGUGGUUGGUUGGAGGGGACCUCAUUCUGGUGUUAACUUUCUUGUGGAUCCAUUCAAUGGGACAUGCAAAAUACUUUUCACAAGGGAUACUGCUUUCUGCUUCAAGGGUGAAGGAAAACAUGCCGUUAUAAAAUGCAAUUUCAAGAUUGAGUUUUUGCUGAGGGAAAUCAAUGAGAUUAACGAAUGCAAAGACUUUGCAUCUUUGGUAUUAUUGUUGCAGCUGACUUCAUCUCCAUUGGUUUUCUAUAGAACUGCUGAUGAUGACAUUGAAGAAUCAGUUGCUUUUGACUUAUUAGAUGACGAUGAUCAGUGGAUCCGAACCACUGACAUUACAUGUAGUGGAGCCAUUGGUAGGUUUAAUACCUACCGUAUUUCAAUUCGACCUCGCAAUGGUCCUAGCCUUAAGAAGGCCAUGAACUAUUUCAGAGAAAGUAGGGUGCCUGUGGUAGAACAGGGUAACAGGCAGAUGCUCCGGGUGAGAGAUGAGCCUGAUUUUGGGGUGUCCCUCUCAGAACCUUUCUUCUGCUUUCAAAACCAUGAAGGUAUAAGCUUUAAGGUCUUGUUUCUGGUAAAUGCGGUUUUGCAAAAAGGCAUAGUUAAUCAGCAUCAGAUGACUGCUGAAUUCUUUUCUUUGCUUAGAAAGCAUCAGGAGGGGGUAAAUUUAGCUGCACUGAAGCACAUCUUUUCUUACAAAAGGCCUGUCAAUGAUGCUAUUCAGAAGUUAGCAAGUGUCCAGAAAUGGCUAUUUAAGAAUCCUAACCUUCUCGAGAGAACUGGACAGUUGGAUGAUGUUGUAGAGGUUAGAAGGUUGGUUAUUACCCCAACCAAAGCAUACUGUCUUCCGCCAACUGUGGAGCUAUCCAAUAGAGUCCUCAGGAAGUAUAAGCAUGUUUCAGAUCGAUUUUUGCGAGUUACUUUUAUGGAUGAGGGCAUGCGUAACUUGAACAGGAAUGUUCUGACAUACUAUGCUGCUACUAUUGUGAGAGAAAUUACAUCAAGUUCUAAUCCCCAGAGAACUGGAAUCUUCCAAAGGGUGAAAAGUAUUCUGAGUAAAGGAUUUUAUCUGUGUGGUCGAAGGUAUUCUUUUUUGGCUUUCUCAGCUAACCAGCUGAGGGAUCGUUCUGCCUGGUUUUUUGCUGAAGCCCCGGAAAUUAGGGUGCCCAACAUCAUAAACUGGAUGGGUAAGUUCGGUAACAGGAAUGUUGCAAAAUGUGCUGCUAGGAUGGGACAGUGCUUUUCAUCAACCUAUGCAACAGUGGAAGUCCUUCCAAGCGAGGUUAACUCCGAGCUUCCAGAUAUAGAAAGAAAUGGGUAUGUUUUCUCUGAUGGAAUAGGCAUGAUGUCAGCAGAUCUAUCUAUAGAAGUUGCAGCGAAGUUGCAAUUAAGUGUCAAUCCUCCUUGUGCUUAUCAGAUAAGGUAUGCUGGUUGUAAAGGUGUUGUCGCAUGUUGGCCGGCAGAGAAAGAUGGUAUCCGCCUUUCUCUGAGACCAAGUAUGAAGAAAUUUGACUCAAAUCACACUAUCCUUGAAAUCUGCUCUUGGACGAGAUUACAGCCUGGUUUUCUGAACCGGCAAAUAAUAACCUUGCUCUCGUCCUUGGAAGUUAAAGAUGAAAUGUUUUGGGAAAUGCAGAAAGAAAUGUUAUCAAAGUUGGAUAAGAUACUUGUGGAUUCGGACGUGGCUUUUGAUGUAAUUACAGCUUCAUGUGCCGAGGCAGGAAAUACAGCGGCUAUAAUGUUGAGUGCAGGGUUUAAACCUCAAAGUGAACCUCAUUUGAGAGGGAUGUUGGCUAGCAUUAGAGCUGCUCAACUCGGCGACCUCCGGAAUAAGACAAGGAUGUUUGUUCCUUCAGGAAGGUGGUUGAUGGGCUGUUUGGAUGAAUUACGUAAACUUGAGCAAGGCCAAUGCUUUAUUCAAGUGUCAAGCCCUUCUUUGGAGACCUGUUUUGUUAAGCAUGGUCCAAAGUUUUCUGAAAUCAAGAAAAAUCUUCAAGUAAUAAAGGGCCUUGUUGUAAUUGCAAAGAACCCGUGUCUUCAUCCCGGGGAUGUGAGGAUUCUGGAGGCUGUAGAUGUUCCUGGUUUACACCAUCUCUAUGAUUGUCUGGUCUUCCCUCAGAAAGGGGAUAGGCCACAUUCAAAUGAAGCAUCAGGGAGUGACCUUGAUGGUGAUCUCUACUUUGUGACUUGGGAUGAAAAUCUCAUUCCACCCAGUAAGAAAAGCUGGAUGCCAAUGGACUAUGCACCUGCAGAAGCCAAACAGUUGGGUCGUCAAGUUCAGCAUACGGACAUAAUAGAUUUUUUCUCAAAGAACAUGGUCCAAGAGAGUCUAGGAGAAAUCUGCAACGCACAUGUGGUUCAUGCUGACCUCAGUGAAUUUGGAGCUUUGGAUGAGAAGUGCCUUAAAUUGGCAGAACUUGCUGCUCUAGCCGUUGAUUUCCCCAAAACUGGAAAACUUGUCACCAUGCCAUUUGACCUCAAACCAAAAAUGUAUCCCGACUUCAUGGGGAAAGAGCCGUUUCAAACAUACGAGUCAAAGAAAAUUUUGGGCAAAUUAUAUAGGCAAGUUAUAGAUGUAUAUGAUGCAGAGGGUGGAGAAUCUUCUGGACUUGAGUUUGUCCCUAAAGACAUCCCAUAUGACACUAAUAUUGAGAUUCUGGGAUAUGAAGAUUUCAUAGAUGAUGCGUGGAACCACAAAUGUUCUUAUGAUGGUCAGUUGAAUGGGCUUUUAGGACAAUACAAAGUUAAUGGGGAGGAAGAGGUGGUUACUGGACAUAUAUGGUCCAUGCCGAAGUACAGUGCUAAGAAGCAAGGGGAAUUAAAAGAGAGGCUGAAGCACGCAUAUAAUACGUUGAGGAAGGAGUUCAGGAAUGUUUUCGAGCAGAUGGAACCUGAUUUUGAUAUGCUUCCCGUUGAUGAGAAGAAUGAUAUGUAUGAAAGAAAGGCAUCUGCGUGGUAUCGGGUCACCUACCAUCCUCAUUGGGUGACUAGAUCACUAGAGUUGCAAUUGCCAGAUGCUGUUUCAAAUGGUGUUAUGUUAAGUUUUGCUUGGAUUGCAGCAGAUUACAUUGCUCGAAUUAAAAUUAGACAACGGGGAAUGCAAAAUUCUGACUCUACCAAGCCUAUCAAUUUCCUUGGAAGGUAUCUUGUUAACAAGAUAUAACAACCAAAACUGUCAUGCGGUUAAAUGCAAAUAUAUUGGCUGCUUAUCAGCUAUUUGGCUGUAAGGCCACUCUGCCAUUAUCAAUACCUGGUUUGAUGUCCUUUCGAACCUCCUAAAUCCUACUAUUGGAUUGUUUCCUUGUGUUGAUCAGUUAUUAUAUGAAAUUUCAUCCAUGAGUUUGCCUUGCUG